AUGGCAACCCCGCCAGAAUUUGAGGAGGAAUUCACUGGAUUGGCCAAGCUAACGGGCUCGGUUGCGCAUGCCAACACACGGGGGGAAGAGUUCUGUACAAAUAAGCCUAUCGGAUCAAACCUGGUAACUCGGAGACACCGGAUUGUGCGAGGAGAACAGCGGGACAUAUUCUGGAGACGAUGGACGAUGGACGAUGGACGAUGGACGAUGGAACGAAUGGACAAUCUCUCAGCUGACAAUCCGCUGCAACAUUGUGAGUUGUUUGGUCGCGCCGUGAAUAAAUUCCCCGUACAACUGGGAUAUUGUAUUGAAAAAUGCUCCUAUACCCACAAUUUCGAGUAUAUGGUGCAGCAUUAUGCCUGCACAGAGAGAGAGAGAGAGAGAGAGAGAGAGAGAGAGAGAGAGAGAGAAAACAACAAGAAAAGGUAA